UGAUAUAUUCCUGCAAACGCAAACCUCAACAGUUGUUCUCCAGAUACAAGACUAAAGGCAUCGAAUCACAUCAUAAAAUGGCUUCUUCCGAGGAUGCGCUCGAAACCUACACACAUCUCCCUCUUCACAUCGACCCUCAGACCAAACAGGUCACAGCCCUCUCAUCGGACAAAGAAUUGCAAGAUGCUCUUGCAAGUCUAAACAGUCUACACACAACAUUCAAAUCUCUCGAUACUCCGAACAAUGUCCCACCUCCGCCGAUGCCAGUCAAUCCCAAAAGAACAGCACAGAUCCAUAAACUGCGAGACUCGGCCGCUGCCUCGUCGAAGAAGGGCAAUCACGCCGAUGCCGUCCGUCUCCUUGGGGUUGCCAUUGACAUGGCAGCCUCUCGACCAGGCUGGGAACCAAUGGGACUGGUCAAGGAAGAGCUGGCUCUGAUGUACCUGUCUCGAGGUGCAGCGCAUGUCGGGAUUCAGAACUGGCCUGAGGGCCUCAACGAUGCCGAGUGCAGCAUAGAAGCCAAGAGCGGCCCCAGCCAGGGACCAAAUGGUGAACGCAUGCCUGGAAACCCAAAGGCUUGGAUUGUUGGUGGGAAAUGUCUGAUGGAGAUGGGACGGUGGACCGAUGCUGUGGACUGGCUGGAGCGUGCUCUAGAAAAAGAAGGCAGCCAAGGUGACGAUUGUCGUCAACUGGUUCAAAUGUUGAUGGAAGCAAGAAAACGAGUUGGUGGGAAAGCCUAAAAGGAGUCGCAUAUAUGCUUCCAAUCACUCCAACCAGGGUCACACUUUUGAUCCGCCCUUCUUGAUCUCCUGACCAAAAGGACUGAAAGGGUACACCGAACGGUGAACACGUCUACGAGAGCGCAGGUGGCAGUCCGUCGUCGUGCCGCACACUAUCGAACCAAACGAACAGAGCCCUCAUGAGAGCGCCAACAGCCGAGGAACACACAUUCGUGGGAGUUUAUCGUCAGAGACAGAGCGUGCCCGGCUUCCUGGUUGAAAAGUACUGCUCCUCCCUCGCACGGAGGAGGUGGACUUGCUGCUCGCGUGUUGGUGACAUGCUCCCAUAACAAUUGUUGAUAUGGCGAUACCUUGGUGCAGUCCUCAUCUCUGAGAGGCACUCUACACUGUAUAGGCAGGCAUGUGGCUGCCUCGGUGGUCACUGGUUGGGCAGCAGAAAGGACUGGGUCUGUUCUACGAUGGAGAUCCACAUAUUGCGGACAUGUUUGUUGGUGGUCCUCGUGUGUCCUGCUAUGGCUCUGGAUAGCUAAUGUAACACCCACGACAGGCAACAUGGCCGCCAAGUCAGUGCAGUAGUUAAGUUAUAGGUAUGAGAAUGAGAACAACCAAAAUGUUCCUUUAA